GAUAUUAUACAGGCAAUGCCUCAUGAUGCUCACCCAAUGGGUGUACUUGUCAGCGCAAUGAGUGCUCUUUCCAUCUUUCAUCCUGAUGCCAAUCCUGCUCUUAGAGGCCAAGAUCUUUACCAGUCGAAACAAGUGAAAGACAAACAAAUAGCACGUGUUCUCGGGAAGGCACCCACCAUUGCUGCAGCAGCUUAUUUGAGGAUGGCAGGAAGGCCUCCAGUUCUCCCUUCCAGCAACCUUUCUUAUUCAGAGAAUUUCUUAUACAUGCUAGAUUCAUUAGGCAAUAGGUCAUAUAAACCCAAUACUAGACUAGCUCGAGUUCUAGAUAUUCUCUUCAUACUGCAUGCAGAACAUGAAAUGAAUUGCUCCACAGCUGCUGCUCGGCAUCUAGCAUCAAGUGGUGUUGAUGUAUACACUGCACUUGCUGGGGCUGUUGGAGCAUUGUAUGGUCCUCUUCAUGGUGGAGCUAAUGAGGCUGUUCUUAAGAUGCUGAGUGAGAUUGGAACUGUUGACAACAUUCCAGAGUUUAUUGAGGGUGUAAAAAACAGGAAGCGCAAGAUGUCAGGUUUUGGGCAUCGUGUGUACAAAAACUAUGAUCCAAGGGCCAAGGUGAUAAAGAAACUGGCAGAGGAAGUAUUCUCCAUUGUUGGCCGGGAUCCUCUGAUUGAGGUUGCUAUUGCUUUGGAGAAGGCUGCACUAUCUGAUGAGUAUUUUGUUAAGAGGAAGCUAUAUCCAAAUGUUGAUUUCUACUCGGGGUUAAUAUAUAGGGCAAUGGGAUUUCCAACGGAGUUCUUCCCUGUUUUAUUUGCAAUCCCACGAAUGGCUGGGUACUUGGCACACUGGAGAGAGUCUCUGGAUGAUCCUGAUACAAAGAUAAUGAGACCACAACAGGUUUAUACUGGGGUAUGGCUGCGGCAUUAUAUGCCACUCAACGAAAGGAUGGUUUCGACAGAGGCAGACAGGCUUGGUCGGGUGUCUAUUUCAAAUGCCUCUAGGCGGCGUUUGGCUGGAUCUGGGAUUUAAGCAUAAUCUGGGGUUCAUUCAAACAUGACAAAGGAUAAAUUUCCAAAUAUAUUUAUAGUAAGAAAUAAAUAUAUCUCUCUUUGCAGCUUUCUUCCCGGAAGGAUGCCUACAAGUAGAAGUGGAAUGGUUUCUGGGUCAAUGUAUUACAGCACAAAUAAGAACAUUGGUGUAUUGGUGUGUCUCUAUGCAUUAAUUUCAUCUUUUAAGUUACAAGCUUGAAAUCAAUAAUAAGCUUUUUUUAGCA